AUAUAGCGGUACCUACAGGCUCACCACUAUGCUCUUGGUCGUAGUCAACAGAGCCAUCAGCCAUAUAACAGGUGGUAAACGAUGAGUCAGGUGUGUCCGUAGCCUCAUGGCCUCGGUGAUGAGGUUCAAUGACUUGACAUAUGAUUUCAAUCAUUUCAGGCUAAGUUUACUCACCUAUCUUCAAGUGUAGGAUAUAAUUCACAUCAAUAACAAUGUGAACAACCAACCCAUUCCCAUUGUUGUCAGUAACAAGAGACAUAUCUACUCUCUACCUAUUGACUUUCCCGUUUUCUCUUUUUGUGUGCAUAUCAAUAAACAUGAACCAGCACGUUCGUCACUGAUAUUGACAUUACGGUUUUGACGAGCUAACCAUCAGCCUAGUGUGUACGUUCGCCUGUUAUGUUUACAAGUGACGUAACACAAUGUACACAGCUCCCUUAAUGUGAUCUUCACUGGUAGAGAGAGCACCAUAUCCCCAGUUCUUUGUCUGUACGAGCCUGAAGCAGUGCUGAAACAUGAAUGGCAACUUUUAUCUGUUGCUUCGUCAGUUCUCCGAGUUCUCUAUUGGAUUGAUUCUGUUGACGGAUUCCCCAAACCUGUUUGUAGGUACCUUUCCAUCUCCUUUUCACCAGAAUUCCAGCUCCGAAUUUUAUGAGGAAUAUGAAGGCCUUAAUAAUUACUGGGAAAUGGAAGUUAAUAAUGCAGACGUGAAUAAAGGUGGCGACGAAGACAGUGACUCUGGCAGCCAAGAGUACGUGGAGGGUUCUGGCAUGCCGAGCUGUCAGGACUUCUCUCCAGAUCCCCGUCUCACUCUCCAGCUGGGGAAGCAACUACUUAUGGCAACGCCGCACCUUACCUACAGGAGCCUUCAGCUUCUUGGUAUCUUGGAACAUAACUACACCAACACCACCAGCGGGAGUUACAACACACUGGACCCAGGUGUGAUCCAACCGCCAGGACCUACCACACAGGACGUUGAUGACCUCCACUCAUCUGACGAGUAUCUUACAGACAGAGGCAAUAAUCACCACCAUUUGUCUCGACGGCACGGUCAUGAUCAAUACAAGUACGAUCACGACCCCAUGUACUACUCGAAGGUGAAGUGUAAACAUUCCUACACGGGCCUCUUUUCCUUUUUGGCUUUCUGUAUCCUCUCAUUCGACAUUACGGCUGAUAUCAUGAAGAGUAUCAACAUCUCCAUCAAUAUAGGUAUGAACAAGAUGUUUUUCCUAGUUAUUGUUGUUUAUGGAAGUGCUAGUUAUGUUGAGAUCUUAGGUUAUUGGUACCAUAUUGUUGUGUGUGGAGUGGUGCUGUAUCGCAUAUGUUUGUGGCGUGUGUGUGUUUUUAUGGAAUAAUAAACAACAGUGCAUCAUUAUUGUAUAAUAUGGACACGAAGUAGUACCUUAAGCUGUGUAUUCUUAUA